GGAUAACAUUUGUUCAAAACAAAAGCGAAGUUAAUUCUAAAUUACAAAUAAAAAUUCUUAAACAAUGUCUCACAAUCAUUCUUAUGGGAAGCCAAUAACUGUCAUGAAGUUUUCUGACACUGGCGAAGUUAUUGUUGAUAAUGAAGAACUUGGAAAAAUCUUCAGUCACCCAAAAAUUCAAGACCGUAAAAUUGUGAUUCUUUCAAUAGUUGGAGCUUCAAGAGGAGGCAAAAGUUAUUUUCUGGACUAUUCUUUGAGGUUCUUAUAUGCUCAUUAUCCAUCAAUAAAUGAUCCGAAAAUAAUUGACGGCGAAUUUUUGUUCAUAAAAGAUAACAAGUGGAUGGGAAGUAGCAAUGAACCACUGAAAGGAUUCUCAUGGCGUCCAGGAACAAAACGAGACACAUCUGGGAUAUUAUUCUGGAGUGAUGUCUUCCUACACACAAUUGAGGAAACGGAAGAAGAGAUUGCAAUUUUUGUUAUGGACACUCAAGGUCUUUUUGACAAACAAUCAUCGCCAACUGAUAAUUCAAGAAUCUUUGUGCUCAGCAAUUUAAUAUCAUCAAUCCAGGUUUUAAACCUUGCCCACAAAAUCCAAGAAGAUCAUCUACAGUAUUUGCAAUUUGCUACAGAGCUCACUCAAUUUGUUGCUAUGGAUAACAAUGAUGCAAAUGAUAAAACCUUUCAAAACUUGAUGUUUCUCAUCCGCGAUUGGCAUUAUUUCGAUGAUUUUAAGUAUGGAACUGCCGGUGGCGAAGAAUAUCUCAAAAAAGUAAUAAAUUCGAUUUCAACUCAGAAACCUGAAUUGAAAUCAGUUCGUGACUACAUUGCGAGUUCUUUUGAUCAAAUCGAUUGUUGUUUGUUGCCAUUUCCUGGAAAGAUCGUUGCUGGAAGUAAAAGCUAUGACGGUCAAUGGUCAGAGAUGGAUAAUGAGUUCAAGACGGAGCUUCAAAGUGUCAUUGAGUCUCUUUUACUUCCUGAUACUUUAAUAAUCAAGAAAAUGAAUUCAAAUCAGUUAAGUGUUAAGGAAAUGAAGCAAUUCAUCCUUGAUUAUUUGAAACUAUUUCAAACAAAUCAGAUUCCGAGAGCAUCCAGCAUAUAUGAAUUGACAGUUGAGAGUUUCAUGCAUAAUUUGAUUAAUAAAUGUCUUGAUGACUACAAAUUGACAAUUUAUCGUAAUGAAGACAUCAUAACUGAAGAAAGGCUUUCCGUCAUUCAUGAAAAAUGUAAAGAAAGAGCAUUAGCAAUGUACGAUGAUACGAAAAAAAUGGGAAAUUCAGGACAUGCAAAAACAUUCAGAUCAAAAUUGGAAGACGAAAUUGAAAAGUUCUUUGUAACUUUUAAGGAUCAAACGGAAAAGAGCAUCCUAAAAAUUAAAGAAGAACGAAUAAAAUUUGAAAAAUUAUUCACAAUCGAAAGACAACUAAGGGAACAAGCUGAAUAUACAAAAGGACAAAUAGAAAGGCAACUGAUUGAAUUGGAAAACGCAAGACAGGAAAACCUAAUUGAAUUGAAUGACUACAAAAGUCAAAAAGCUCUUUUGGAAACUCGUUUAAACAGAAAAUGUCGAAAAUUACAGGAAUUUAAAGAAAAGGUUCAAAGGGAAGAGAAAUUCAGAUGGAUAAUGCUUGGAAUUUUAGGAUUGUCUAUCGUUGUUACUGGCGGAGCUGUAGCCUUAGCUUUAGAAUCAGCAGAAUUGGCAGGUGCAGCAAUAACAGUUGGUACUGCAGUCACUGCCAGUUCUGCUGGAUUGGGAUUAACUGGAUCCAACAAUAAAUCUGAAACUACAUUGCCAACUGCGGGAGCUUAUAAUUCUGAAGUUCCUCAAGCCUCUGAAGUUCCUCAAGCAGCUGGUCAAAGAUCUUUUUUUGAAAAAGUUAAUGCUUGUGUUGAAGCGUCAGGUGAUGCUAUGCAGCUAGCGAAGAAUGUCACAAACAUUAUUGAAAUUGUGAGUACGUGUGUGCUGAAUAUCAAGAAGCAACAAUCUGGUGUUAGCCAGUAAGAAAACUUUAUUGAAUAAUUUGAAAAGUUACAAAUUAUUGAAGUUUGAGUCUUCCUGAAUUAAAAUGAAUAUCAAUUUUAUGUACUUAAUAUUAACAAGAACGCACAUAUUUUAUAUGACAAGAAGUUAUACAUUAAUCUGUAUUAAUCCAUUGAAUAAAAGUUAAC